AUGGCUUCUUCACUCAAAACUGUCUUUCCAUGUUUUGCCCUUGUCUUCUUCCUCUUCUCUUUGUCUGAAGCCAGAGAGUUUCUGGUUGGCGGCAAAGGAGGUUCUUGGAAGAUCCCUUCUUAUCCUGAUGAAUACAACAAAUGGGCUGAAAAAAAUCGCUUCCAAAUUGGAGACUAUCUCGUAUUGGAGUACGAUAAAAACAGCGAUUCAGUGUUAGAGGUGGUGGAGUCAGACUACAACGGCUGUAGCAGAGGGAACCCUGUUAAAGAAUUCCAUGAUGGGAACACCAAGAUUCAGCUGGAUCGAUCAGGGCCAUUCUACUUCAUCAGUGGAGCAGAUGGACACUGUGAGAAAGGGGAGAAGCUGAUCGUUCGAGUCCUGGCUGCUAAUCAUACUUCAGCAGGGAGUCACUCUCCUGCCCCGGCUCCUUCUCCAUCAACCUUGCAACAUGCUCCGGCUCCUGCUGCGGCCACCGGUGCUGGUCAUGCCCUCAAGCUUGGAUUCAUGGGAUGGCUUGCUUUGAUGGCUGCAAGUUUGAUAUUUGUGUUUGCAAUGGCUUAG